UUGUUUACAUACAUAUAACGUAAAAUAGUGUUUGAGUUGGCUGAGAAAACCAAGUUUGCAUUAUUUGCAUUAGCUUUCACGCACACUCAAACAUGUCAAAUUCUUCCAGCUUUUGUACUCAAGCAAACGCUCUUCUCAGAAAGAAUUUAACCUUCCAGAAACGGAACGUGAAGACAAAUAUUCGGUUGAUUCUGUUACCGUUGAUACUAUGUGUUUUGCUUGUUGUUCUUCAACAUUUAAUAGACUCUCUAUUGGAUACACCGGAUUUUAAAUGUGGUUGUGCAUGUCCUAACAAAAGAACAACAUGUAACGAUUCGGAGAAGGUUUGUGGGGUCCAGUAUUCUAAUCAGAAUCAACUUCUAACAUGUCCUGUUCCUCAUCCACCUGAAUGGCCUCCUCUCUUGCAACUUCCUACUGUGUUGUGCAAGGAAAAUGCUUCCUGUCGUUUUAACAUGCUUUUCACCGCCGACAAUCACUCCUUUGCACAGAGCGUGACUGACAAUAUGUUCCCAAGUGCCCCUACUGUGGAUUACGCUGAUAUCAUGGGUAGUUUGUCAUCAAAUGUGCUGGGAUCUCAAUCAUAUCCUGAGGACAACAAUUUUCUUGAACCAGCUUUUAUGUCGGGUCUUCCCAUUUUUUAUCUACAAUCUCAGUGCCCUAAGAACAACUCUGGAUUCUCAUUUCCUUACCAGAUGGCAGGCAUUACUUCACAACAAGAAAUCAGAUGUGGUCAAGGUAUAAAUCUUUGGCGUAACAGUUCUUCUGAUAUCAACAAUGAGUUAUAUAAAGGACAGACCAAUGAGAUCGCUUCAGCUUUUGAUUUUCUAAAUUCAAAUGAGGAUGGAUUCGACAUUGUUGUAUGGUACAAGUCAGUCUUCAGUCGUGGCAUACAUUCUCCUUCAACUACAUUGUUGCGGAUUCCUCGUUCUGUAAAUCUGAUAUCAAAUGCCUACUUGCAGUUUCUGCGUGGACCCGGUACCAAAAUAUUAUUUGAGUUUGUAAAGGAUAUGCCAAAACCUGAGACCGUAUUUAGAAUUGAGUUAGCUUCUCUCCUGGGCGGUCUGUUCUUUACUUGGGUCGUCCUGCAACUUUUUCCGGUUAUUCUGACAUCACUGGUUUAUGAGAAGCAACAAAAAUUAAGAAUCAUGAUGAAAAUGCAUGGUCUUGGUGACGGGCCAUAUUGGUUGAUUUCAUAUGGAUAUUUUCUUGCCUUAUCUGUGAUCUACAUAUUGUGUUUCGUGAUAUUCGGCUCAGUCUUAGGUAAGAAUAUAACUAUUUCAUUCUCUGUUCUUGGCAUUUUCUCGUUCUGUCUAAUGCUGCUGAUUUCCUUUUCAGGAUUAAAAUUCUUCACCUUGAAUGACUACAGCAUCCAAUUCGUGUUUUAUUUCAUCUAUGUAAACUUACAAAUUUCAACGGCAUUUCUGCUGUCUUCCUUUUUUUCAAAUGUUAAGACCGCUACAGUAACCGCAUAUUUAGUCGUCUUUGGAACCGGGCUAUUAGCCUGCUUUCUUUUCCAAAAUUUUGUUGAAGCUACAUCAUUUCCAAGAGGAUGGAUCAUUUGUAUGGAGUUGUAUCCCGGGUUUUCUUUAUAUCGUGGGUUAUAUGAAUUUGCACAGUCUGCUGCCACCAUUUCUAGUAAUUCGGGGACUGGUGGUAUGCUGUGGCAGGAUCUGAACGAUAGCACCAAUGGCAUGAAAGAGGUCUUAAUUAUCAUGCUUGUUGAGUGGAUAGUAGUGCUUUUUAUUGCUUAUUACAUCGAUCAAGUAUUGUCGACAGGAAGUGGAAAAAGUCCUCUUUUCUUCUUGAAAAGAUUUCAGAAAAAACCUCCAUCAUUCGAGAAGCUCAGUAUUCAAAGGCAGGGGUCAAAAGUUUUGGUACAGUUGGAGAAAGAAGAUGUCAUCCAAGAGAGGGAGAAGGUGGAGCAGUUGCUUCUUGAACCAACCAUUAAUCAUGCAAUUGUUUGCAACGACCUAAAAAAGUUCUAUCCAGGAAGGGAUGGAAAUCCAGGGAAAUUUGCAGUGGGAGAGUUGUUCCUUGCUGUGCCUCGAGGGGAAUGCUUUGGUAUGCUUGGUCCUAAUGGUGCUGGAAAGACUUCUUUCAUUAGUAUGAUGAUUGGUCUGACAAAGCCAACAUCUGGUGCGGCAUAUGUUGAAGGCUUGGACAUAAGAACUCAUAUGGAUGGAAUAUAUACUAGCAUGGGAGUCUGCCCACAGCACGACUUGCUGUGGGAAAGCUUGACAGGUAGAGAGCACCUACUUUUUUAUGGCAGACUGAAAAAUCUUAAAGGUUCAAUCUUGACUCAAGCAGUAGAAGAAUCUUUGAAGAAUUUAAACCUUUUCCAUGGAGGGGUUGCUGAUAAAAAAGCUGGAAAAUACAGUGGAGGGAUGAAGAGGAGGCUUAGUGUUGCAAUUUCAUUGAUUGGGGACCCCAAAGUUGUUUAUAUGGAUGAACCAAGUACUGGAUUAGACCCUGCUUCAAGGAAAUGCCUAUGGAAUGUUAUCAAGCUUGCGAAACAGGAUCGUGCAAUCAUUCUGACCACACAUUCUAUGGAAGAGGCAGAAGCCUUAUGUGAUCGAUUAGGAAUUUUUGUCGACGGUAGCUUGCAGUGCGUAGGAAAUCCAAAGGAGCUGAAAGGAAGAUAUGGAGGAACUUAUGUGUUCACAAUGACAACAUCUUCUGAUCACGAGAAGGAUGUCGAGAACAUGAUACGGCGUCUCACCCCAAAUGCCAACAGGAUAUACCGUCUCUCUGGCACUCAGAAGUUCGAGCUGCCAAAAAAGGAAGUUAAAAUAGCGAAUGUAUUCCAAGCUGUUGAAGUUGCAAAAAGAAACUUCACUGUUUUUGCAUGGGGUUUAGCCGACACCACAUUAGAAGAUGUCUUUAUUAAGAUAAUUUGCUUUGAUGAUGACGUAAACAACAAGUAUAACAACCAUUCAAGUCUGCUUUUUCUAUUAGCUAUAUUUCAUUUAGUGUAACAAACUAGCUACUUUCACAAAGAAGAGUAGAACACCUUUCACUGUUUUCUGGUGAACAUGAAGACCAUGUGAAAGUCAGCUUUCUGAUGCUUCCACUUGGAAUUUUAAGUGUUUUGUGAAUAUUUUUGGGAACAAUAAACUCCAAAGUUGACUAUU